AUGCCAAUGAGCGAGGCCCCGCACAUGUCGCCGGAGACGCGCUUCUCUGCCAUCUUUGCGCGUCUGUCCGAGCUGCCCAACUAUGUCUGGGACUCGGACAUUGAGCCCUUCCACUCGUCCUACGACAACUGGCACUUCUUUGGCCACCAGACAGCUUCGUAUGCAAACGAAAGACCGCCCUCUCGCGGCCGAAGCGCUAUUGCCUCGUCGCCCGCCUCGCACUCGCCAGACGCCCACCGCCCAUCCGUCGUGCUCAGGCACAGGUCCUCGGGCAGCGAUGCCAGCUCCACCACCGCGAAAACGCAUGCCACCGCAACAUCCGUACACAAGGAGGGGCGACCCGUCGUGUGUCGAGUCUCCAACCACACACUGCGACUCGAGCGCGAAUACCAGCUGUCCAAGCUCGUCGUCACCAAGUCCGACCCAGCUUGCCGACACUUUGUGCGCCCCAUCGAAUUUAUCAGGCUACCCACCAAGCCAGGCGAAGAGCCUCUCGUAGCUAGUAUCUUUGAGGCGCCAGGCCAAAAUUACCUCAAAGAUCUGGUCACCUUUGGCCCCAACUGGUACAACCUCACAAACCAUGACAAAACAUCCGAGCCCACCAGUCACCAACCUAGCACAGGUGUCCCCUUGCUCACCUUCCUCGAUUUCGCAGUGGGAGCAACAGAGUGUCUGGAGAUUCUGCACCAUGGUCACGAGAUGGUCCACGGCGAACUGCGAGGAGACGCCUUCCACUUCGCCGAAAAUGGCCAUGUCAAGAUGAUCAAUUUCGGCAGCGGCGCCAGGUCUUUCGAAAACGGCCUCACGUCUGCCGGCUGGAACACACUGAGUCGCGAAGUCGGCAUCGAGCUGAAGCUUGCCUUCAUUGCCCCAGAGCAGACGGGUCGCAUGCCUGCUGAGCCAGACAGCCGAACCGACAUCUACAGUCUGGGCAUCUUGUUCUAUACAAUGCUUUGUGGAAGCACGCCCUUUGAUGGGACUACAGCCUUGGACGUCAUGCAGAACGUGCUGAGCAAAAGGAUUCCUCCGGCUUCCUCCGGCCGCAUAGACAUCCCCGAAGCACUGUCUCUGGUCAUCCAACGCAUGACGCAACGCAACAUCGAAGAGCGCUACCACUCGACCUCGGGCCUUAAAUUUGAUCUAACAAGAAUUCGUGAGCUGCUAUCCGAGGGUGACGGUGAAGGCCUGAAGGCGUUCCAAAUCGGCUCCAAAGACAUCAGUUGCUUCUUCAAUCUUCCCCUGCAGCAGAUCGGUCGCGACAAAGAACGCCAAACAGUCAUUGAUGUCAUUCAGCGCGUGGCCAAGCGCCGGCGGGGCGGCGUGAAAGUGCUAAACAGCCUGAGUUCCAAUUCCUCCUUUUCGGAUGGGCGACUCGAGUUCCAAUACGAUGACUUUGUCUCUGACACUUCCAGCUCCCGCAACUCGGAAUCUCGACUGAACAGCGUUCCCUCCUCCGCGCCCGUGUUUUUGGACCAGACACGCACCCAAUGGUCCCAGGACAGCACGACCCAUACCAGAGACUCCACCGCUGAGGAGAGUCCGAGCGGUCGACCACACUUGUUAACGACAGGCCGAGGCCCUUCCAACAACAGCAUCGAAGCUCUCUCUUCCUUGUCGAGAUCUUCUCCUUCCAACGAUAGCACAGCUGCGCGCAACACGUCCAGUGCGCGGGCAAUGAGGCGAAAAGGUCGCUGCGAGGUGAUUGCAGUCGGUGGUGCCACCGGUCUCGGCAAGUCGCGUCUUGUUCAGAGCGUACAGAGCACGGCCAGAAGCAACGGUUACUUCGCCUCUGCCAAGUUUGACAAAACGAAGAGGGCUCCGUUUGAUCCCAUCUUGAAGGUCAUGUCUUCCAUGUUUCGACAGGUCUUCAGCGAAGCCGACGUUUCGACCGAGUUCCACGGCAGCUUACGGAACUUCCUGAAGAACACAGGAGUGUGGGCAGCACUGCGCAGUUAUCUGAACCUGCCGGACUGGCUACUCAACACAAAUGGAGCAACGCCCAGGACCCCUCAGCAACGCGACGUAGAUACGCUGAAUGCCUCUAGACGGGCAUCAUCGCCUGCCCUCCAUUGUGGGAGCUCGGGGCACACAGCGGAAGCAUGGCUGCGGAGUGGCGGCGCUUCCAAAUCGACAAAGUUUAUGAGCGUUUUCAUAGACGUUUUACGUUUGUUUGCUGUGCAGAAGCUGUGCAUCUGGACCCUCGAGGAUGUACAAAACGCCGACUCGGAAAGUGCAGAGCUUAUUCACCACAUCGUCCAGGCCAAGAUCCCUUUGGUGCUGAUACUCACGUACACCGACGAGGAGGGCAUUCCUCGAGAACUCCGGCCCUCGAUGCAUGCAGCCACAAAGGUGCAAUUGUUCCCCUUUACAGAAGCUCAGACAGCCGACUACGUGGCUGAGACUCUCCAUCGUGAUCACCAGUAUAUCCUUCCUCUGGUCGCCGUCAUCCAGGAGAAGAGUCGAGGAAAUCUGUUCUACAUCAGAGAGAUUCUGGAUACUUGCUAUCGCAAGCAGUGCGUCUACUACUCUUGGCGCGAGAACAAUUGGCUCUUUGAUCUCGACAAGGUAUUUGAAGUUUUCGAGAGCACCGAGUACGGCUCCUCGGUUACCAACGAUUUCAUCACAAAGAGGCUGCUCGAGCUGCCUCCCGACACUCGUAAGCUUUUGGCUUGGGCAUCGCUGUUAGGCGGCGCUUUCUCCUACGAUCUGAUCUCCAAGCUGUUGAAUCCAAAGUAUGCGCCUGCAGACGCAGAGAGACUGCCGCUGUUUGGGGAAAACGAGUGUAUCGUAACGGCACUGAAUGGUGCCCUCAACGCCUUCAUCCUCAUGCCCGCUGAGAGCGAGUCUCGAUUCCGUUUUAGCCACGAUAGGUAUUUGUUCGCUGCCGCCAGCCUACUCGAGAAAGACUGGAACACCUCCAUGAUGCACUAUGAGAUCGCCCGCAUCGUCAGCUCAGGUGGCGAGUGGCACGACGAUGCGAUGGGUGACUCCAAAGCCCUGUAUAUGCGUAGCCGGCACAUCUGCCUUGCCGCUGAUCUGAUCAAAGCCAAAGAGAUAAACCGCGCUCCUUUCCGCGACGUCUUAUACCAAGCUGGAGAGACCGCCUCGGAGUCAGGAGCAAGGUCGACUGGGAUAUACUAUUUUGCGCACUGCCUGAUGCUCCUACAAGACGACCCUUGGGAUGAGUCCAAGCACGACGUCUCUUAUCAGGAGACCUUACAGCUAUUCGUUCGCUCGGCCGAAUGUUAUUGGCACCAGGGGAUGCUUGAUGAAGCAUUGAGCCUCAUUCGGACUACCUUCCAGCAUGCUCGCGAUCCUUGCGACAUGGCGAGCUCGUUCAUCUUGCAGUCACGUGUACAUGCCGUACGUGAAGACAGCUUCGGUGCUUUCCAAGCUUUGAAAGACUGCCUUUCCUUAUUAGGAUCCCCGAUACCAUCUACGACCUGGCAGGAGUGCGACGCUGAGUUCCAGAAAAUCUACGCUCGCCUCCAAGAGACAGACACGAACGAUUUGCUGGCGCGCGAGCCCUCCAAAGACGACCGCGUGGCUAUGACACUAGGUCCAGUCUUCAUCGAGCUACUUAGCGCUGCGUUCUGGUCGAACAGUCUGUUGUUCUACCAAGCCACGCUGAAAUUAAUCAACCUGCAUCUCGAGCAUGGGACUACAGCUCAAGUCGCUCUCGCUUACAUCCAUCUCGGUAGCAUUGCAGGUGGUCGAUUUGCAAUGUUGAAUUUCGCAGCGGACAUGGGUGCGAUUGCCAAACGAGUGUUCCAGAUGUACCCGGACGAUGCCUACACAUUAGGGCGUGGUCAGACGUUGCAUCCGCUACUUCUAGGCCAUCUGCAGGCGCCAGCUGCAGACCUAAUCCCUCACCUCGAAAGUGCUUUGGACUUGGCUCUGACUGCAGGCGAUCGUCUGCUUACACUUUUGAAUUUUGGUGUCCAGGCUCACUUCAGGGUGAUCGCCUGCUAUGAUCUCGUCGAGAUCGAGGCCUACGUUGAUGACAUUCCUCUGGACUUGAAAAACUGGCAACAGGACCUUCGAGGAGGUGUGCUGUUGAUGGCAUCUCGCCAAUACGCCAGAGCCCUACAGGGGAAAACAGAGAUUCGCGACGCAUCCACAGUUCUCACCGACGAAGAACAUGACUCCAAAGCCUACAUCGAAUGGAUUGACAAGACGGCGAGCAACCCGAAGCGCCCAAAGACCUAUUACCUCGCCACCAAGCUUCCGAUCCUAGUGUUGUACGGGUACCAUGACGAAGCUUGUGCGCUAGGCGAGCUUUUGCUACCCAUGCUAGGCAGCCUUUGGUGUCAGAGGCUGAAUUACUCUGUCAUGUAUCAUCUUUCACUAGCUUACCUGGCGGUACUGCGCGACGAUAGGAAGCACCCGAAGAAAGACCAGAUGUUCAAACAUGUCCUUGCGACCAUCAACCAGCUAGAAGCUUUAUGCACGAUAACAGACGUCAACUACCGAUCCUGGAUUCACGUACUCGCCGCUGUACUAGCAGAAGUCAACGACGACCCUCCAACCGCAACGUUGAACUACGAAGCAGCCAUGGACCACAGCGAAAUCCAUGGGUUUACUCUAGACGAGGCCCACGCCUUGGAACUGUAUGCUGAAUGGCUCAUUCGUAAGAAGGCCAACAGACCUGCCCGGCACGCACUCAAAGACUGCAUUUCUGUGUAUCGAAAGAUCUCCGCAUAUGGCAAAGCGAAUCAUCUCAUCAACAAGUAUGAGUUCCUAUUGCGAGGCACCGUAUCUCUCACUACGAUGGACGUCGCAGUGCAAACUACCAUGAUUGACACAGGAAACACUUCGUUCCGACUCGAGCAGAAUGAAGACCAGGAACAACUUCUUGGAACCGAGACCGCGGUUGACCGAACCCAGAACUGGAUCGUCCCCGAGACCGGACGACGUCAUGAGUCAUCCCACGAUCUUCGUGACGGUUUCUCUGCGGUCGGUCUUGACAUGUUGGAUCUGAGCUCGAUUCUUGAGUCUUCUCGAGUGCUUUCGAGCGAACUAAAGGUGGACAAGCUCAUGGCCAAGAUGGCUUCCAUCAUCCUCGAGUCGACGGGCGGUACCCUCUGUGGCAUUGUCAUCGAAGACGCACACAUCGAAUGGAGUAUCGCCUGCGUGGCGUCCAACGAGGCCAACAGUGAUAACAAAGACUCAUCUGGUGUCACAUCGUUCCCACCCGGUCAGCCAUUAGACACUGUAGAUGACAUGGUCGCACGACAAGUCACGUUAUACACGCUGCGCUUCCGCGAGAACGUAUUUGUUCAGAAUCUGCUGGAGGACGACCGUUUCUCUAACGUCUCCGACUCAUACCUCAAGCGAAACCCUGAAGGAAAGGCAGUGAUUUGCAUUCCGAUCGUCCACUCGGACCACUUGUUGGGCAGCAUCUAUCUCGAAGGCCCACCGAACUCGUUUACCGAGCGCAAUACACAGGUGCUACGGCUACUCGUCAACCAGAUCUCCAUCUCUCUGGCAAAUGCCCUGCUCUUCAAGGAAAUCGAGCGAGUCAGUGCCAGCAACGAAGCCAUGCUUGAGAUGCAGAAGCGUGCGCUAGCGCAGGCCAGAGCGGCAGAGAUCAAGGCCAAAGAAGCUGAAGCGAUUGCGGUCAGGAACAUGAAGCUCAAAGAGGAAGCUGCCAAGGCCAAGAGUCUCUUCCUUGCCAAUGUCUCUCACGAGCUGCGCACACCUCUGAAUGGAGUCAUCGGCAUGUCCGAGCUUCUCAAGGCCAGUCUGCUGAAUCAAGAACAACAAGGCUACGCCGAUUCCAUCCGAGUGUGCGGUGACACACUGCUGUCUAUCAUCAACGACCUUCUCGAUUACUCAAAGCUCGAAGCUGGAAAGAUGAACGUUCAAGAGAUGCCUCUGUCUCUGAACGAGACAAUCACCGAGGUUGUCCGUGCUUUGGCAUACACAAAUGCCGAGCGUGGUCUGAAGACCAUCGAGCAACUUGAGCUGAACCCCGAAAUGCUUGUCAUGGGCGACCCUGUCCGACUUCAUCAAAUUCUGAUGAAUCUGCUCUCCAACAGCUACAAGUUCACACCGCGUGGAUCUGUCACAGUGCGCGCUGUUGUUGAUCAGGAAGGCCCAGACUGGGUAGACGUCACGUGUAGCGUCAUCGAUACCGGCAUUGGCAUCCCGGAAGAGCAGAAGAAGAAGCUGUUCCUGCCCUUCUCACAAGUCGAGUCCUCGUCGGCACGCAGCUAUGGCGGCACUGGUCUUGGCUUGAGUAUCGUCAAGGCACUUAUUGAGAACGUCAUGCAUGGCAGAGUUUCUCUGGAGUCAAAACCUGGCGUAGGUACUACAGUGUCUUUCGCCCUGCGCUUUACAAAGGUGCCUCUGGCGCGAGCUUUGGCCCAAAACUACACACGCGACGCCGACCCGAUGGCCAAGUUCUCCAGUCAAGAAAACAAUGGACAUGAACAGUCUUCCGGCACCUGCAUCGACCUCUCUACCAUUCCCCGCGCAGACCUCCGCAUCUGCAUAGCAGAGGACAAUCUGAUCAAUCAGAGAAUAGCCAUCAGUUUUGUGCAGAAGCUGGGCUUCAAGUGCGAUGCCUACCUCGAUGGCUUCAAGACCAUUGAUGCACUCGAGCGUGCAAGCGACAACGGUCGCCCCUUCCACCUCGUGCUCAUGGACGUCCAGAUGCCACACUGCGACGGCUACGAAGCAACGAGACUCAUCCGCAAACACUCCAACCCUGAAGUUCGCAACGUCCUCAUCAUCGCCAUGACCGCCUCAGCAAUCCAAGGCGACCGCGAGAAAUGCCUCGAUUCAGGCAUGAACAACUACCUCGCAAAGCCUGUGCGGGCGCAGACGCUCAAAGCUCUGCUCGAGAGCUAUCUCAACAAGACCGAAGCGGCCAAGGAAAUACCCAACUUGCAGACCGAGGUCAAGAAGCUCGUCAGCGAGGCAUUGAGUGAGGCGGGCGCCGGCCAGCAACUCGACGGCGCGAAAAGGGAAGCAGACGGAAGCAGAAGCAGCAUGGACGAGCCAGAAAGCAGAUCCGAAAGACCGAGGGGUGUGCGCAUGAGCACGACGGUCAGAUGGCACGACGGAACACCCGAUGAACCCGACGGGCAGAACGGUUCGUGA